UAACAAAACGUGUGCCGCCGUCGCCGCCGCCGCCUGGAUCCGGAAAAUGCUCUCGCACAAUUUUCAUCGCGGUUUCGGGCGCCUCCAGCGGUAUGGCCACCGUGCGUUCUCUACCCGGCCGCUGCCGAGCCAGGAGCACGAGUAUACCGCCCAGCCAGAGUACCCGCCGAUCCAGGAAGUCGGAUUUAAGGCGCAGAAAAAACGGGAGCGUGAAAGCUGGCACAAGCGGAUCGAGCGGUUGAGCUCGGUCGAGGAGAAGCUGUUCGAGAUCAACAUGCCCAAGUAUUACGGCUACAAGACCAGCAUGCUAACCGACGAGAAGUUCCCGUACAACAGCAAACCCUUCCUGCAGUACGCCACGAGGACCAGCUUCCAGGAGGGUCUGCCGGCUUUCUACAACCCGCUCAAGGAGGAAGCUGCCAAAAUCUUGGAAUCGAUUCGCGGCGAUCUGGAGGAUACGAUCGGGUUCGAGCUAUCUCUUCACAAGCAUUUAGCGGGAGAGCAAGGGGAUGCCGAUAGUCGCGUCGAGAGAGAAGAAGUUGCCACACGAUCACUUCUGCUGCAGCUGAAUCGAACAAUUACGAACGCACUGAGCGCCAGCCAUCCGCAUCUGAGCGAGAUUGAAACCGAUGUCGAUCCACGGCAUGAAGCGUUUUGGUUUCUCGGUGGUAUCGCUCCUCCGAAGCUUGUGCGCAAAAUCAAAGAAGGCCAAGAGUGGCAGAAGCAAUAUGCCAAUGAUCCAUACGAUCGCAACAUCCAGUACAUUGGCAAACCGUAUCUUGCACUCCGACACAGGCACUUGCUCGAUCCGCUCGAGGUCGCCGGUGAGUUGGAUGCACUCGACAUCAAGCAGGACAAGGUGGAAGUGCCCGACUUCCGGUAUGAUCCGCUUACGCUCGGCUACAUGACCGAGUUCCGCCAUGCAACCACUGUGCCGGGCUUUUGGCCGGGAGAUCAGCACGAGUUUGGAUUGCUGUCUUUCCAAAGAAGAAGCCAUGCCCUUGACCGGCAACGGUACUGCGCUAUCAACGAUCUGGAAGAAGCACUGCAUGCGCAAGGUAUACUGUCCAGCUAUGCUUGGUUGCUGGGCCAGGCUUGUUACCAAGGAUUUUCGGUCUUCAAUGACGUGACUUAUCCGAUUACCACCCAAACGGUGAUCACCGAUGGAAAGCAUUGGUCUUUCUACGCUUACCAGCUAAACACCACGCUUCUCCACACGGAUCAAGUUGACGUGAACAAUCGUUACAACCUCUGCUGGGGAACGAAGGAGCUACCGUUGUUCGAUUCGGUAGAGGAGUCCGGCAAAGUGAACGGUCUGCGUGAUGAUGUCUUACUGCAUCUUAUUAUGUUUUACCUAAAUCAACCGAAACAGCGGCCGGGUGUUGACCUGAAACCGUACCUCUGCCCGAAAGAACCGUACAUCGCUCUGAUCGAAGAGGAAAAGCGACGCGUGUUCAUGGAGGAAGCCUACAAACGGUUGGUAUCCAAUCGUCCCCGGCAUCGGCUUGUCCCGGAGGUGUACCUGUGGGAGAAGAUCUACAAAAUCGACCACAAGACCCGUCCGAUGGAACCAAAACGAAGACCUUUCGAGCUUGGUGAAAACAUGUACAAGCGGCGCAUGGACGAGCACGCACUGAAAUACAUCCCCCGUGCUGUCCGGCCAGAUGGACCGAAAAGUAGACCAAAGUUUGAGGCAACAUAUUAUCCAAACGUGAGACGCUAGAAACCGGAUGGUAAGCCGUGUGUAGCAUUGAAUAACAAUAAACUCCCCCGAAAGUUGUAGAUGGUAAAGU